AUGGGUCGAGGGCGUGCCCCUUGCUGUGAUAAGAGUAAGGUCAAGAGGGGGCCAUGGAGUCCUGCAGAGGACUUGAGGCUCAUCACUUUUAUUCAGAAACAUGGUCAUGGCAACUGGCGUGCACUCCCUAAACAAUCAGGGCUGUUGCGAUGUGGGAAGAGUUGCAGAUUGAGAUGGAUAAAUUACCUAAGGCCUGACGUAAAGCGAGGAAACUUCUCCCCAGAAGAAGAGGAAACCAUUAUUAAGCUACAUAAAACUUUGGGGAAUAAGUGGUCGAAGAUAGCUUCUCAUUUGUCAGGAAGAACUGACAAUGAAAUUAAGAAUGUGUGGAAUACACAUUUGAAGAAAAGAUUAACUAUGAAAGAUGCUGAUCAGAGUCCUACAGAUGAAGCCAAGGAAGCCUCAAUAAAAGAAUGCUCUUCCCCCUCUCCUUCAUCUACUCCAUUCAUUUCAUAUGGAGACCAAAAUAUAGAGAAGGAAGUUGGGAAUCAAGAGGGUGAGGAUUGUGUGUCCAAGAGGCCUCCCGAGAAACAAGAACCUACAACAGUGAUAUCAGGACAAUGCAGUCCAACAGAUGAACCAAAAGAAACAUCAAGUUCUUCUUGCUCCAUGUCUUCUUAUGGAUCAAAUUUUUCUAACUCUAGUCGGGCUGAUGUCACAAGGCCACAAGAUGAAAUGAUGUCACUAUUCAACUUUGGGGGACCUUACGAAGUUCAUAAUGCCCUAUUUGAAGCAACUGAUCACCAAGAGGUUUCAGACGACUUGAUUGAAAUUCCAUUAGAGUCUGAUAUUAAUUUUUGGGACAUGUUAGACAAUUUGGACUCUUCCCAGUCCAGUGAAGUAACCCAACAACAAGAGUUUGAGCCUUCCCAGAGCUCAAAUUUUGGAGAAAAACAUAUCAAAGAAGUUGAAUGCAGCCAGUGGUUGAGAGACUUGGAAAAUGAGCUUGGAUUAGUGGGAACAACUUGUGAAGACCAAGACGAUCCACAAAAGAAUGCAGCUGAGCAAUUAGUAGCUGAAACUCAGAGAGAUGAGAUGAUACUGAUGCCAGAAAUUGACCAGGGCAUGGCUUAUUUUUCAAUGUGGCCUCCUUCACCUCACAAUUGUGACAUCUAAUCAUACAGUAGAAGUUAUAUGUGAUACUUGAAAAGCAA